AAAAAAAAAAAAAAAAAAAAAAAGAAACGGAAUUUUAAAAAAGCCUUUUUUUUUUCUUUAUUGUUGGUCCACGUGAGUUGAUUUUCCAUCCUGGGCGGUACAAAACUUUUCUUUUCUCUCCUUUAUAAGAAUAACACAAUGACCACACUCUAUGACCAGCCAUACAACAGCGAUAGCGACAGCUCAGAUGACAACUUUGAGCUAAAUGAAUACGACCUGGAUGUUAUUCAGGUGCGUACUGACGAUGAAUCUUCUUCAGAUGAUGAUUCCGACUUUGACGAAAAGCAAAAGACCACCAGUGACGAUGACUCCAUCGAUACUAACCUGGCAACUCCUCAUGACGACCACCAUAAACAGAACUUUUCCUUGACAACAAACGUACCCAUAUUAAAAUCCCCAUCUUCCCCUAAACCCGAGCGACAGCGGUCUGUUACCACCACCAGUCGCUCUUCUAACGAAAGGAGACAUAGUAUUUUUAAUCCCUUUAAAUCCACUCGACCUGCAUCUGUCACCUCAUCGAUUGGAUCUCCGGUGACAGUGGUCUCUCGCCCAUCUCAGUCGUUUCAGCAAAGACAGAGUAAAAGGUUCUCCGAGAUACCAAAUCAUACAGGUACUCCUCGCUCUCCCGCAAGUAAUCAUCGCAACUUUGAUAAACUUGUGUCCAAGUUCAGACGCUUCUCUCAUAACGACCAUCAGUAUGACUCGGAAAAGCACCUGUUACUGAAACAUGAAGCCUUGGCUGAAUUACAAAUCUACCGGGAAAAAGGUGGAUUUGAGUACAAUAACUUUUGGGUGCUGGUAAUUCAGAACUUUGGCCGUGUCAUCGAGACUCAAAUGGAUGAUAUGCGACAACACUUAAUUGCGGGUGGUAUCCCUUCGCCCAUUCGUGGCUUAAUGUGGCAAAUCAUUUCCAAAUCACGCGACAGCUUUGAUAUGGAUACCGAAUACAAAAUACUAAGAACUUCUGCCAGCCCUUUCGAGAAGCAAAUACAGCGUGAUCUUACUCGUACCUUUCCCAAUCACCCUUAUUUUAUGCAGGAGUCAGGCAGACAAUCCUUAUUCAAUGUGGCGAAAGCCUAUAGUAUCUUUGAUCAGGAAGUGGGCUACUGUCAGGGCUUAGCUUUUAUCAUUGGUUGUUUGUUACUGCACAUGUCCGAAGGUGAUGCGUUUUGUGUCUUGAUUAAAUUGAUGGGUAAAUACGGUCUUCGUGGGCAUUUCACACCACGCAUGGAAGUACUACAUCAACAUAUGUAUCAAUUUGAUAACGUCUUUCAACAAAAGCUACCGGUCAUCCAUCGUCAUAUGGAAAAUGAAGGUGUCACUCCCUCCAUGUACGUCUCACAAUGGUUCAUCACCUUGUUCUCCUACCGAUGUCCUAUCGAGCUCUCGUUCCGAGUCAUUGAUCUGUUGUUAGUGGAAGGCACACAGAUUCUACUGCGAUUCGAAUCCUUGGUGGAGUUCUUAUGCAACGGCAUAUUCACCGUGUUUGCCGAGGAUGGCGAUGGUUUUGUACAAGAUACUUACAGAGUCGAUUUACCUGCAAGGUUUAUGGCCCGUCUUGCGCAACAAUAUACCGGUGAAGAAGCCCGUGAAUCCAAAAGUAUGUCACAAGAAGACAACUUGCGAAGGGUGAACGGUCAACUAUCAGAACAUAUACGAUCCGUCGAAAGUUCGCUGAGUGUAUUACAGAUAGAAAACAAGGAUAUUACACAGCAAAUUAUUAGCAGCAAGAUGGAUAUGGCUCGUACAGAAGAUGAAAAAGAGCAUUUGCGCCACGAAUUAAAUCAGGUCAAGGCGGAAUUUGAUCAGUAUCAGCGCAACAUGGCGUUGGCCUAUGAUAAACAAAUGAACCAAGUGCUGGCUGAAAAUCGUAAGCUGAAACAGCAAAAUAUCAUGUUGGCAGAUCAGUUGGAAGAAACAGAGUCUCUUUUGAUUAAUAUGAAGCUUUCGUUUGCUGAACGAGAGUCUGAAUUCGAGGCAUUAAAAAGACAAUUGUACACUCCGCACAUAAAAUAUUCGACACUUCCGUUUUGA